ACGAUACCCAUCUUUCAUGUUGAUAACCUUAAACUUUCAUGUUUUCAUUUAUUUAUUUAUUUAUUUUAAAAUUUCUUGUCAUUCUCCAUUAAGCAGAAAAUUUCUGAAUUUAGAAAAUUCAUGUUUCAAAUUUCAUAUUCUGAAUUUUCUGUGGUUAGAAAAUCUGAAGACCCCAUGAGAAUAAUCCUUUGGAGAUAUUAGUGCAAUCUCCUCAAAACUUAAUUACAAUUGUCAUAGACCUUGAAGAAAUGUCGAAAUCGCCUGUUAUUCUACUAGAAACCUCAUUACAAGUGUGUUCAAUUUAUCUUAAAGCUGUUGAUAACAUUACAGAAAAGGUCUGUGCUUCCGUCUGAUGACAUUUCUGAUAAAUGGGUAAUCCAGUGUGAAGCCGAUUUUUUCAAAUACUUCAAUAUCUUCCAAAGGGCUGUUCGAUCUCACUUUCCACAAUUUUUCAUGGGAUAUGUUGAAAGUUCUUUGCCAAUAAACCAUGCAACUGAAGAGUACUUGGCAUUGGCAACACUAGCCUUUCAGGAUUUGUUAUGAUAUGAUACGAUGGGUUCUAACAAUUUUAAAGGCAUCUAAACCUCUGAUGGAAAAGAGGAGACGAGCCAGAAUUAACCAUUGUUUGGCGCAACUCAAGUCUCUUGUUGUGGAUCCGAAUACUACAGAGAGGUCAAGACAAACGAAGUUGGAAAAAGCAGACAUUUUAGAGCUUACUGUUCGACACUUACAUGAAAUCAAGCGACGACAAAGAACAGUUUCCUUAAUAGAUGCUCAUCAUCCGAAGAAAAAAUUCGAGAUAGGAUACUCGGAGUGUGCCCGAGAGGUGGAUCUUUUCCUUUCCAAUCUGAUGGAUCCCCAGUUGUCUGGUCUUGAAGCUGAACUUCAGAGACGACUCAAAGAUCACCUGUGCAGAAGGCUUCAUGACAUCCGGAACAUUGAGCCUCUUGUGGAAUGUGGCAAGAAAGAUGAUUCAGAUGAAAUGUAUGAUAACUCAUCCCCGUCUUCGUCUGGGUUCAGGAGUAACGAAAACUCUCCGCCGCCACAAAGUAAUGUCAUAAAUUGCUCAGACCAAGUUUUAUUAGCAAAAUCUACAAAAUUUGAUGCUGUAGUAAAUAGACUUGAUAAUCAUCAUACUGAAAACGAACAUGAUAAUGUUUUUGCCUUCAAUAGACAGUCAGUAUCAUCGACCUUAAAUGCUCCUAACUUCACAACGGUUGGAUCUUCCUCCCCCGAGAGUUUGAAUGAGAAUAUUAGACUUGCUUCAUCGUCGGAUAUGUACGAAUUAGAUAAAGGGAGAGCUUCGACGUCAUCACUGGAGUCUGAUGGAUCGUCUAAAGUACAAUAUUCCAUGGCUUAUGCAAGAGAAAGGCUUAAUCCUUGUUUUAUAGAACAGCAAAUGUUAGAGAACUCAUCCGAUCUUUGUGACGAUGAAGGCAACUCAUUUUGGGAACAGAAGGGAGAAAGUGACGAAGGAUUUUGUAACCAUUUACAACAGAUACCACUUGUGCCUAAGCGCUUGCCCAAUGGUGAAUGGGCUCUAGUUCUGCCAGCUAAUUUAAUAUCUGAUGAAAAUAAUGUUGCGCAAACUUUCAGCGCUUUUCGCUUGGUUUGGCCUAGCAGUAAGAUGAAGAAUAACACAUAUGUACAACGACAGAGACAGAAUUGUGUCGCUUCGCCUGUGUCCAGUAACUUUUCAGAUACGAGUUCUGAAGAGAACUGUUCAAGAAGUGAAGGGGAUUCAGUUAUGAGAUCAGAUCAAAAUAAUCAAGGGGAGGCUUCGCAGUAUAUUUGGAGACCUUGGUAAAUAUGAUUUUCGAACCACUAAAAUUAUGCUUUUAAAAUGUGUUUGUUCAUUAAAUAUGAACACAAAUGACAUCGAAAAGCUGUUUAUUGAAACCCUAGAACUGGAAGGCCUUAAGAGAAAAAGCAAUGACGUUGUGUACCUGAGUAUUUGUUAUCGUAUUAUUACGAACGAAGAAAGUCGAAUUAUUACAGGAAUUUAUUCUACCUACAUGUAUAGUAAAAAAGGCAUUACGAUAUUUUAAAGCAAGAAUUAAUGAAGGAGAAAAUCAGGAAGUAUGAUUGAUGUACCUAAAGUAUGUAAUAGAAAUAAGAGCUUUAAUUUCUAAAUUCAUAUACUAAAAUAAUCACCUUCAGGUGGGACAAAGCUAAAUCGAAAGCGCAGAAAAAAUACGAAAGAGAUGCAAUUUGCCAAACGAUGUACUUCAUAAAUGUAUUUUAGAGAAGCUUCAGUUAUGAGGAAUGUUUAAAGAAUAAUUAACAGAGAAUACAAUGAAUAUAAAUAAUGCAGUAAUUUUAUCGUAGAAAAAAAGUCAAAAUUCGCGAGUCAGUUGUGAGAAGAACUUCGAAAUUUGCGGAAGUUUCGUGGUUUGUGAUUACAUGAUUAAUUUCGCGAAAAUUUCGCUCCGAGAAUAAAAAUGGCAUUUAAAAGAAAUGUAUACCAUAAAUUUAUGCAAAUAUCCUAGUGCAUACCUAUAUAAACAUUAUACUACAUAAUUCAAAAAAUUAUACUCACAUUUAUAAUCAUGAUUUCCAUUUAAAUGGAUGAUUUUCUUAAUACUUUAUAUUACCAGCUACUUAAAUUUUCCGAUUUAAUGCUCUGUCUACUAUUCUAUUAACACGAUUUUAAUUUGGAAGAGAUUCGUUCAGCACUGACAUUUUUUAUCGGUACUGAAAAGUAUUCCAGAAAUCUAAUAAAGUUUCACACUGUGUAAAUUCUCUUGCAGUAACUUUUCAGUAAUGAAAUUUAUAUAUAUUUAUUUGGCUUCUUAUCUUCGAACAUAGAAGUGUCAUUGAAAAUAAAUACAUUCAAUUCUUCAUCUGAAAGGUCUUGAUCUGAAAGGCCUUAAUUGAAUGAUUUAAAUUGAUCAUGAUAAGACACCCACUUUACCAAAUAAUAGUUUUUUCCUGCGAAAUGGGUUUUUCAAUUACAAACGGGGCCGCUUGUAGGAAGACAGUUGUCAAUCUGCUAAUUCAUUGAACAGUAGGCUGUAAAUCACUGAUAACAAUAUAAAAAUUCUUAACUGCCUAUGACUUGGAAUCUUGGUUCAAGGUCCAAAGCUGUUGCUUGUAUUUACAGAAAGUUUAAUUUUCAGUGUGUUUUUUGCAUAAAUGCUAAUGAAAGCCAAUAUUAAAAUUGCUUAGCAAAAUGUCUUACAAUUAGAAAAGAAAUUUUAAGAAAUUUCUGGAAAAAACCUGAAAUUCCCAUUUUAUCUGAUGUUCGGGGUAACACCUGAUGUUGAAGAAACCUCGGAAAACAACUUAAAAUUUUCAGGAAUUCACACCGCGAAAGAAUUUCUGUUUAAAUAUGAUUAAUAAAAUUUGAGUUUUUGCAUCAUUUCUCCACUAACGCAUAUUUUGAUAUCCGAAGAAAUGAAUUUAUUUUACUUCGAUUAAUCCACUUGAUGUUUAAUUUUUUAUAGCAAUUCCACCAAAAGAUAUUUUAUUUAUUUUACUUAAUUUUAUUUACGUACGAUGCUGAAAUCGAAUUUUUGGAGAUUUUUAUUGAAAAAUUCUUUUUCUAGAAUGUCCUGACAUAUUUUAUCUUUUCAAAUUUUUCGAAACUAAAAGUAUAAAAUAUUAAGAAUGACACGUGCCUUAUCGAUUAGACAAGUUUUAUAAAACUGAACGACGAUUUUAUUAUUCUGUCUGUAUACGGUUUAUCAAAGAUUUUUUUCAUUUUUAAAUUCGAACAUUGAAGUUAUUAUCGUAAAGCGACUGUAAAGCAUAGCUUCAAUCGAAUUCUAAGGACUGUAGUUUCCAAGGCCUUGUCGGAAUAGCUAAUUUAGAGUUAAAUUUGACUUCUUUUUUAAACAUUAUACAUGGUUGUACGAAUAUACAUAGAAUUUCAUAUUUGUUUCUAGUUUUGAAUAAUUUUCUGAUAAAAUAAAUUAAACAACAAAUAUUUUAAUUUAAAAAAACUGUUAGAAAAAUUUUACAUGCUAAAGUAUUCAUGAUUUCAUUUAAAUUUUCUAUGCAAAUAUGAAUUUCAAAUUUAAUGCUGUUUUAUAAUGUUAAGGCAGUGUGUUAACAUUUUAGGAUAUAGAAAUAAAACAAUUCUGCAUAAAAUUAAAUGUACAAAUGAUAUAUUUAUUGCAUAUUUAUUUUGUGUUCUUCUAAUUAUAUGGUAACGGUUUUCAUUUAUUGUAAAAGGUAAUUCAUGUAAAUACUGUAGUUUAAGGAUUUUUUAUAUAAGUUAUAUAUAUUUCAAAGAUCUGCUUUAAAAGAAGUGUAUUUCUGAAAUCAAAAUCUUUAAAAAAUCAAAAGUGCUUUGUAAUUAUAUGAACUGCUGCA